AUGUCUUCAAAUCCUUCUGGGAAAAAGCCUGAUAUCAUUGAUGAAACGAAAAACUCAACAGAAAAUGAUAAUUCAAAACUUGAAACUAAAAAUUCUGACCCUUUCUUUAAGAAAAACUUAAAAAAGUAUAAAAAUUCAAAAUAUUAUGAAAAUUUUGAAAACUCAAAAGAUAUUUUUUCAGUCAAAUAUUUAGUAAAAUAUUUAUCCAGGGGUAAAAAAUUAAAUUUAAAUUCAAAAAUAUUGUUCGCCAUAAUAUUACUUCUUUGCUUGAUCUUCUCGUUAAGAUUUAGUAAUUUUGGUGACGGUAAUAAUAAUUCAAAAAAUCUCACCAAUGCAAAAGUGAUUGAAAGAAAAAAAGACUUGGGACGGUUAGAUCUUACAUCAAUUGUAAACAAGAGAUCUCUCAAAAACUUUCCAAUUUCGGAUGAAUUAUUGGACGAGGGAAAUUAUGAUACUUAUAAAUUCACUGGGUAUAUCAGUAACUUGAAUGUUAACAAUCUAAUUAAUAAAAAACAAAACGAAAAAUCAGAUUUUAUAGAAAAACAUGAAAAGCAGGCAGCUGAAGAUUUAGUUUCCAUAAAUGAAUUAGAAUUAAUCUCCAGUAGUGACUACAAUCAAAUAGUUGAAUGUGAGGAUCUUGAAUAUACUUCAAGUGUUAAGUAUUCAAAAGAACAAACAUUUAUUGAAGAUGAUUUAAUUGCAUUAAGAAAAUAUUUAUUAGCAAAGGAUUUCGAUGCUGAAGAUAAAUUUAUUGCAGAACAUGUACAACAAGAAAACGAAAAAGAUAAGACUGAUAUUGAAAUUGUCAAGAGAAGUUGGUAUAGAUUUGGUUCUUCAAGUGUGUGGAUGGAAAGUGAACAAUGCUACGUAACAGUAACAAGAUUGAUGUAUUGUAAAGGGGGAAACAAGGCUUACCCUGAUAUUUCUCUAAUAAGAGCUCAAACAUUCGAUAAAAAUUGGAAAGAAAUUAAAGGUAAACGUAUUCCUAAGGUUGAUGUAAAACUUCCAAAAGAUAUCGAAAAGCAAAUUGAAGAGCUAGAAAACGAAUAUGACCUAAACCAUAAAUCAUGUGAUAAAUAUAUGAACAGCCCAGCUCAAUAUGGUGCCUGUGUAGUUGAAAAGAAUAAAGUAAACUUGGAAAACAAAAAGAGAGCACAAAGUUUAAUCGAUCAAUACUUUGUCACAUAUCCAACAGUUUAUAAAUUCCCAAUUGUUGCUCAUAGAAUUUACACAGGUCCCGAAGAUCCAAGAAUUGUGCUAAGAAAAUUUGGAAAUCAAGAGGAACCAGUCGUUGUUUUCAAUAUGGAUACUAUUAAAGAUAGAAAGAUGCAUGCUUUCCUUCCACACCGUGCAUUACAUCCAUUAGUUGAAUUGAACUUUCCAGGAAUGAAGGGAAUGCAAAAAAACUGGGCGCCAUUUUUCUUAGAUUCAGAUUUCGAUAGCUCUGAAUUAUCUAGAGGUUAUAUCCACUUUGUUCAUAACUACAACCCACUUGAGAUUUUACUAUGUUCUUUAAAUGACGGUAAUUGUGAAAAAGUCUUCACAAAACAAACUUUAGGUUUGACAGGUAAGAAUGAGUAUGGGGGAAUUAGAGGUGGAACACAGUUUGUCCAACUACCAUCUGUAAUUACAAGAAUAAAUGGUAAGACUAUAUUAGUUGGGUUUUCAAAAUUACAUAUUAAUAAUUGUGGUUGUGGGUCUAGAUUUUAUAGACCAAUGCUUAAUAUAAUUGUUGAAGAAAAGGGAAUAUUUCACCAAGAAUUAAUUGUGCCUUCUAUGGAUUUCAAUAUUGAAGUAUUAGAUUGGUCUACAAAGUCACAUACUUGCAAGUUCUACAAUAUUCUUUCACCAAACUCUAUUGCAUUCUGGGACGUAAUUAGACAAGAUCCACACACUAAGAAAUUUGAGGAUCUUCUUGUAUUUACCUUCAGUGAGGCAGAUGAAGUAUCAAAAGCGAUCAAUGUUAGAGGUCUCCUUGAUUAUAUUAUCAAUUUAUAUAGUGAAAAGGAUAUUGAAGAUAAUUUCGUACCAUCUUCUGAUACCGACGUGGCUCUAGGAAAGACUUUACAAUGUGUUAAAUCCAAGGCUGAAAACAUCUGUAGAGAAUAUGGUGAAUCACAUCCAGAGGAAGACUAA